GCUGCUUCUCUGGUGUGACGCAGAAAUGUGACGUAUACACAGCCGGAAGCUACCCAGAGCGCACGCGUCCUGGCUGGAGGCACCAGUGAAAGAUGGAGCUUCAGUCCCACAGGACAGAAACAGUGAAGGAGGGAAGAGAGAGACAGAGGGAAGGAGAGGGGGAGGAUGGAGUGACUGCAGGAGGAGGAGGAGGGGGAAAGAAGGCAGGCAUGAAGAGGAGACAUGAGGAAGAAGAGGAUGAAGAGGAGACCUCACCCACCAAGAAGCAGGUGCCUGAUCACAGUGUGAAGGUGGCCAGUCACUACAACAGUCUGCAGGAAGUUGGUCUGGCUGCUCGAAGUCGAAGCAGAAUCUUCUUCAUGAGGAACUUUAACAACUGGCUGAAGAGCGUCUUGAUUGGUGAGAUCCUGGAGCAGGUGCGAGGGGCGGAGCCUCAGCAGAUAUCUGUGUUGGACCUUGGCUGUGGGAAAGGAGGAGACCUCCUGAAGUGGAGGAGAGGCGGGAUCAAUCACCUAGUCUGUGCAGAUAUAGCAGCAGUGUCGGUGGAGCAGUGUCAGAGUCGUUACGAAGACAUGAAGAGGAAAAGUCACGCUAACGAGAAGAUCUUCAGCGCUCAGUUUAUCACCGCAGACUGUUCCAAGGUAGAGCUGCAGAACACAGAUCAGUUUAUCACCGCAGACUGUUCCAAGGUAGAGCUGCAGAACACAGAUCAGUUUAUCACCGCAGACUGUUCCAAGGAGGUUUUGUCAGAGAAGCUGGAUCACCCUGAGCUGAUGUUUGACGUCUGCAGUUGUCAGUUUGUUUAUCAUUACUCAUUUGAGAGUGAACAGAAGGCUGACAUGAUGCUGAGAAAUGCCUGCGAGCGUCUGAAACCCGGAGGUUACUUUAUUGGAACGACACCAGACGCCUUCGAACUCAUUAAACGUUUGGAAGCAUCGGAUUCUCUGACGUUUGGUAACGAGGUUUUCAAAGUUUCCUUUCAGUCCAAAGGUUCGUAUCCUCUGUUCGGAUGUCAGUAUCACUUCAGCCUUGAGGAUGUGGUCGACGUUCCAGAGUUCCUCGUCUACUUUCCUCUUUUUGAACACAUGGCAAAGCGUUACAACAUGCGUCUGGUGAUGAAGCAGAGAUUCUCUGAGUUCUCUGAGGAGAAAGUGAAGAAAGAGCAUCAUCGCAGCCUCAUGAUGAAAAUGAUGGCUCUGGAGCCGUUUCCUUGUGAGGACGGAGGUCGACAGGCUACAGACAGCAGAGGAGAGUACUGCCAUGCUAAAGACCACAGCAGCAGAGCUGGAGUCAGAUUACCACUGGGCACUCUAAGCAGAUCUGAGUGGGAAGCAACCAGUAUCUACCUGGUGUUUGUGUUCCAGAAGAUGUGUUGAUCCUGAAAACAAAGUCUUAUUGUUUGACUCGUGAAAUUACCUGCUGCUCAUCAGCUCACCUGUUCUCCAUCUUGUGUGCGUACAGUGUUUACCUGUUUUCUUUUGAAAUCAGUUUUUGAUAAAGUAUGAACUGUUUAAGUUUGUUGAAAUGAAUAAAAACUAAAUUUAAAGUAA